AGGAUUGGCCUACAUGUAGUCCAGCAAGCCACUGCUGAUGUUUUCUUGAUUAGGUGUCUUAUCUUCCAUUGAGCUGCAUCUGAUGAAGGUUGCUGACAGCGUAAUGGCAGGGAAAGCAUCAGACAGCUCCAUAAAAUGGCAGCUAUGCUAUGACAUGUCAGCCAGGACCUGGUGGAUGGAUGAAUUUCACCCGUUCAUUGAGGCACUUCUUCCACAUGUCCGUGCAAUUGCCUAUACUUGGUUCAACCUUCAGGCUCGAAAACGCAAGUACUUUAAAAAACAUGAGAAACGAAUGUCAAAGGAUGAGGAAAGAGCAGUCAAGGAUGAGCUACUUAGUGAAAAGCCUGAAAUUAAACAGAAGUGGGCAUCCAGGCUCCUGGCCAAGCUGCGCAAAGAUAUUCGCCAAGAGUUCCGGGAGGAUUUUGUGCUCACGGUGACUGGGAAGAAGCACCCAUGCUGUGUAUUGUCCAAUCCUGAUCAGAAGGGUAAGAUUAGGAGAAUCGACUGCCUGCGACAGGCUGACAAAGUCUGGCGUCUGGAUCUAGUCAUGGUGAUCCUGUUCAAAGGCAUCCCCUUGGAAAGUACGGAUGGAGAGCGGCUCAUGAAAUCCCCACAUUGCACAAAUCCAGCACUUUGCGUCCAGCCACAUCACAUAACAGUAUCAGUCAAGGAGCUUGAUUUGUUUUUGGCAUACUACGUGCAGGAGCAAGAUUCUGGACAACCAGGAAGUCCAAGCCACAAUGAUCCUGCCAAGAAUCCACCAGUGUACCUUGAGGACAGUUUUGUAAAAUCUGGAGUGUUCAACGUGUCAGAACUCGUGAGGGUGUCCAGAACACCCAUAACCCAGGGAACAGGAGUGAAUUUCCCAAUUGGAGAGCUUCCGAGCCAGCCAUAUUACCAUGAUAUGAAUUCGGGUGUAAAUCUACAGAGGUCCUUGUCCUCUCCACCAAGCAGCAAAAGACCCAAAACCAUCUCCAUAGAUGAAAAUAUGGAGCCAAGCCCGACAGGAGACUUUUAUCCUUCUCCAAAUUCACCAGCAGCGGGGAGCCGGACAUGGCAUGAAAGAGAUCAAGAUAUGGCUUCUCCUACAAUGAAGAAACCUGAAAAGCCUUUGUUUAGUCCUACUUCUCCCCAGGAUUCUUCACCAAGACUGAGCACUUUUCCCCAGCAUCACCACCCAGGAAUCCCAGGAGUUGCACACAGUGUCAUCUCAACUAGAACUCCACCUCCACCUUCACCAUUGCCAUUUCCAGCACAAGCUAUUCUUCCUCCUGCCCCAUCUAGCUACUUCUCUCAUCCAACAAUCAGAUAUCCUCCUCACCUGAAUCCUCAGGAUACUCUGAAGAAUUAUGUACCUUCUUAUGACCCGUCCAGCCCGCAGACUAGCCAGCCUAACAGCAGUGGUCAAGUAGUAGGGAAAGUGCCUGGCCAUUUUACUCCAGUUUUGGCACCCUCUCCCCAUCACAGUGCGGUGCGACCUGUGACCCUGACCAUGACAGAUACUAAACCCAUCACUACAUCCACUGAAGGUGAGGCAUCUUCACCUACAGCAACCACCUACACAGCCUCAGGCACAUCCCAAGCCAAUCGAUAUGUGGGACUAAGCCCAAGAGACACAUCCUUCCUACACCAGCAACAGCUGAGAAUUUGUGACUGGACCAUGAAUCAAAACGGCAGGCAUUUAUACCCCAGUGCCAGUGAGGAUACAUUGGGAAUUACUUGGCAAAGUCCUGGUACCUGGGCUAGCUUGGUUCCUUUUCAAGUAUCAAAUAGGACACCGAUCCUGCCGACAAAUGUCCCAAAUUAUGGUUUGAACAUAAUUGGAGAGCCUUUCCUUCAAGCAGAAACAAGCAACUGAAGGAAAAAAAUAAUAAAAAAAGCAAAAUUAAAAAAGGAAAAAAGAAAGGAAGACAGGACAAGAAAAGAAACUGAAGAAAGAAGAAAAAAUAGACCAGCAAUUGCAGCUCUUACAAUCACUAAUUUCCUUAUGGUUGAAACUGAAAUGACGUACAAAGGGUAUAUGGUAUUUCACUGAUGGGUAGAGUGCAGCCCCUGCUAAGUAGCCUUUGUUAUAUGAAGUCCGCUGGGAAAUAGAUGUUCUGUCUCUGACAAUAUAUUUUAACUGACUUUCUAGAUGCCUUAAUAUUUGCAUGAUAAGCUAGUUUUAUUGGUUUAGUAUUCUUGUUGUUUACGCAUGGGAUCACUAUUCCUGGUUAUCUCACAAAACAAAGGCUAGGCAGCAGCAACAGAGCUGCAGGAGGAUACGGGCCGUGAGCCAGCCAUUUUCUCAACACUCUGAUUUCUAAAUGUUUUAAAAAUAAGCUUUGUAGCCUUUAGUUGUCAGUAUGGAUUUAUUAAACUUUGGCCCUUAAUUCAGCCUUUUCUAGUGUGUUAUGCAGUUGAAGUUUUCAAUCAGUAUGAACACACAGGCUCUAUGGAAGAAAUGCCUCUACGUAGGUUAAAGUGUUAUUUCCUCAUGCAACAGUAAAAAAGAAAAGGAAAAAAGUGAACAUUUUCCCCACUAAAGAAACACUUACAGAGGCAAGUGCAAUUUAAAAAUCAUAUCUAGGGGUCAUCACUAUAAGUCCUUCAGCCCUUGGACUCUAAAUUGAGGGGAUUAAAAAUAAAAAUUAAAAUUGCUUUGAACAAACUUUUUUUUUCCCCUCAGUUUUUGAGGGCAUUAAAAGGCAUUAAAUCAAGACAAAUCAUGUCCUUGAGAAAAAGAAAUCAAUAGAAACACAGCACUUAUGUUCGUUUAGCUGCUGCCUCUACAGAGGGGUAGGAUUUAUUUAUUUAAAGUUACUGGUUGCAUCAAUAACCCAUAGGGUUUAUAUGUUUCUGUAAAAUCUGCAUCAUAGAGACAAAGAGAUAGGCAAAUCCAUGUCACAAGGGCAAAGCUUACCGUUUACAAACUGGUAAUACCAGGAUGGGGAUAUGUUAUAUUUAAAUAAUGCACUCUUAAUGUAAGUCUAAUUACAGGGUGCUGAAAACUUGCAUGGUGCUUUCAGAAGUUAGCCUUGUUCAACAAUUCUCACAUAUUGACAGAAAUAUAACGUGCAUGGGCAGACAUUUUGCCUCUAUGUCUCUUUAAAAAAAAGAAUUAAAAUACUCUUUCCAGUAAUCCUAAUUUGCACGAAGAUAUAAUGUCCACAUUACGUGCCUUGCCUUGAAAUCUAAAAAAUGGA